AUGGACAUGUCAUCCCAUCCUCUCCUCUCGUCAAUGGACGAACCUCCUCCAUUUCCAUCGGCCUAUUCGCAACUACGUAGACUAGAUCGUUCGGUAGUUUGUCAAAUCUGUAAAGAACCAUUCCAAGCGCCCGUAUCGAUAGGAUGUGGUCAUUCAUUUUGUUCCUCGUGCAUCAGAUCUUCGCUGAACGUGUUGAAGAAAUGUCCAUCAUGCAAUGAACCCGCUUCAGAAGGUCAGAUAAGGAGGAAUAGAGCUUUGGAGGAGAUAACGGACUCAUGGGAGGAAUCAAGACCAAUAGUAUACGAUUUGGCAAAGCCAUCACCACAACCGCAAAUAUCGAAGAAACGUCCGGCGCAAGAACCAAAUUCGAAACCUUCCUAUUCAAUUGGUUCGAAGCGUAUCAAGCCGAAUUCGAGUAGAGAAGCGAGUGUAAGUCGAUCGCGAAGUCCAACUAAAUCACGCAGAUCGAAUGAGAGUGAUCAUGAAGAAGGGCAGAAUGGGCAGGCAGAGGAUGAGCAAGAUGACGAAGUACAGGAAUUAACUGAAAAUGACGAAGCUCCCUGUCCGAUAUGUCAAGCCACUUUACCUAUCUCUUCGAUACCACUACAUAUCGAAAAGGGAUGUCCGCCGCCGAAAAGUAAGUUGAAUGGGAACGGGAGUGGGAGAGGCAACCAGAAAGCAGAUUGGAAGAAAGUAUUCUCAGGUCAAUCGAUAGGUUCAAAGAACAAAGAUAAAGAGGUCGAAAUGAAACGGAUAACCAAACCGAACUACGCAUUAGCCACACCAGCUGAGUUACGCUCUAUACUUUCCGAUUAUUCCUUACCUACCACAGGAGAUAAAGCGACGUUGAUAAGUAGAGUUCAAGAAUGGAUAAUCCUCUUCAACUCCAAUCUUGAUACCUCCCAUCCAUCUUCCUUAUCGGCAUUAAGAGCGAAAUUAUCAGAUAUGGAGAAUUCGAAGAAAAGAGAUAAGGAAAGAGGGAAAGAUGAGAUGAUCAAUCAACUAGGUAGUAAAGAUGGGUUACAAAAAUAUGCGAAAGAUAAGAAAAGUGAAUUUGAGAAAUUGAGAAAAGAGAUUAUAGAGAGGGAUAGGAAGAGGAAAGAACAGGAGGACGGGAAGGGAGGUGGGAAGGAUAACGCUAUUGAGGUGGAGUAA